CAGUUAAUGUUUCUCAGUCCACUGAUAACGAUGUUGUAGUUUUGACGUCUCCUUUUUAAGCACAAUAUAAGUAGUGAAGAUGAUUGAAAAAAAGAAAAAGCAUAUUCGUGAAAGUAAUUCUGAAGAAGAUGAUUUAUUGGGAGUAAACGCACCGACGAUUGAGUAUGAUACUUUUCUAACUGCCGCUGGUGAUUUCGGCCUAUACCAAUGUAUGAUGUUCUUCUGCGUUGGGCCUUUCUAUAUCUUUGGUGCCUUUGUUUAUUUUUCUCAAUUAUUCAUGACAGAAGUGUCACCGAAUCACUGGUGUUGGAUACCCGAACUGCAAAAUUUGUCGGAAUUUGAACGCCGAUCGCUAGCGAUACCAGACGAUUUGAAUUCACGUUUUGGAUACUCCCACUGUCAAGCCUACGUCGCUAACUGGAGUGAAGUUUUGGAAAACGGCUUAAACCCGAACUCAUCGUGGCCUAUAUCAUCUUGUCAAAAUGGAUGGGAAUUCAAUAAGACGGAAAUACCUUACCCGACCAUAUCUAGUGAACUUGGCUGGGUUUGCGAUGGUCGAAGCAACCAAGCUAAAGCGCAGUCGAUAUUCUUCAUUGGAUCUAUAAUAGGAGGAUUUCUGAUCGGAUUGUUUGCUGAUCGCUACGGGAGGCUCUCGGCGGCCACUCUCAGUAAUAUAAUAGGAUGUUCGGCUGGAGUUGGGAGUAUAUAUGCCCGCAAUUUUACAGAGUUUGCCAUCUGUCGAUUUUUCGUUGGGUGUUCAUAUGAUAAUUGUUUAAUGAUGACUUACCUUCUCAUUUUGGAAACAACAUCGCCAAAAUACAGGACUGUAAUGGCAAAUCUCUCUUUCGCUGUUUUCUAUACUACCGGUGUGACCUCACUGCCAUGGAUCGCUCUUGCAUGUGGACAUUGGAAAACACUCUGUUUAGCUACAAGUAUACCCUUGGCUUCAGCGUUGUUGGCUCAUUUUAUACUACCCGAGAGUCCAACGUGGCUUUUAUCGAAAGGGAGAGUGGACGAGACAGUAAAGAAAAUAAUGACGAUUGCUAAAGUUAAUAAAAAAGAGAUAUCACCAAAGAUGGUGAUGCAGUUCAAAUUGACGGUUGCUCAACAGACAGAUCCAGAAAAAGCGAGCUUGAUUGAUUUAUUAAGAAGACCCAUACUAAGAAAAUUAUUUAUUAUAAGCUGCAUACAAUUUGUGUGUUCUAUGUUGAUAUUUGACUUAUCGACGAGGACUAUUAACCAGUUGAAAUAUGACUUCUUCCUCUCAUUCACGUUCAUUUCUUUAACGGAGUUCCCUUCGUUGGUUUUGAUAUCAUUUAUUCUUGACCCAGUGGGCAGGCGGUGGUUGACAAUUGUAGUAAUGUUGAUUUGUGCCGUAUUUAGCAUUUUAACCCCACUAAUACCAAAUAGUAUAGCAUCAGUUGUAUGUGCUGUCAUUUCAAGAUUUACUAUCAAUAUGACAGCCAACACCGCAACGCAAUGGGUUGCUGAAGUGUUACCGACUGCCGUACGUGGUUCAGGAGCAGCCACUGUGCAUAUUUGUGCAUAUAUGGCCUCUGUUAUAUCCCCAUUUAUCGCACAUUUAGAUUCCAUCGCCUAUUGGUUACCUUUUGCUUUCAUUAGUUGUAUUGCUUCACUGUGUGCAAUUCUGGCUUUUCUGUUACCCGAAACAGCAAAUAAAGAGAUGCCUCAAACAUUUGAAGCUGCUGAAACAUUGAUGCGGGAAAAGGACUUAUGGUUCUUUCCAUGGAACAAAAAUAAUGAGAGUAAAUCAGUCAAUGAUAUAUUUGAAAUGAAUUGAGAUUAUUUUGUGCCAUUUUUUCAAGUCAAGUCUCUUGACAAAUUUUAAAUAACUUUAUGCUAAACGUUAAAAUUGAUAAAUUAAAUGUAUUUUACACUAAGGACCACUUGCAGCAAUUUUUCUAAAUCUCAAUUUAACUAAUACAAGAUUUAAACCAUACAAUAGUAUCAAAUUGACAUUUACGUUUUGAUACUUUGCGAUGAGUUAAAUCUAGCUUCAGUUGAAUUGAAAUUUACUUUGCUAAUCUCGUUUCAACUAACUAGUUUAGACCAUACAAUGAUGCCAAAUUGGCAUUGAAGUCUUGUCAUUUUUCUAUGGGAUCUAGUUUUAGUUGAAACAAGAUUUGCUGCAUGUCGACCUUAAAUACUAAUAUGUUAUUUUUUUAUAUUUUCACAUUACCAUAACACCAAUAUGUGGAUUAUUAAUUAUAAGUGGGAUCAGUAUUAAUAAUCGAAUAAUUAUUAUCUCCAUGUAAAAAGUUUGUUAUUAGAAUCUUAGUUGAAAAGAAUGGGGAAUUAUUUACAUUUACCUAUAAAAUACAUUUAUUAAGAAGUUGGUUCUUAAUAAAUGUAUUUUAUUUAGGUGUGAUACUCUCGGGCAAGACCCAUAUAUAAAAACGGAUAUGACUUAUAGAAAAAAAAUGUAUAUCGAUACUUUGAUUGUAAUUAACGAUUUUAAAUAUAAAAUUGUCCAGCAAGCCCUAUGCGAAUUUAGAAAUAAAAAAAGGAAUAAAAUUGUAUCUCACAUUAAUAGCAACGCAAACAACAAAGUUGUCAUUGUUCUUGCAUUUUUUCAAAGGAUGAAAUUUUCAUAUGCUUAGCUAAACUAUUCACAGGGAUUGGGUGACACAUCAAACACAUUUAAAAAUAUCUUCCUAUAGGAACCAUUAAGUAUGAAAAUAUUAAAUUAAACAUGUUAUUAUUCCCUUAAUGAAAAGUGAUAAAUUAGUGCUUUUACUUUUUCUAUUCAAAUUCUGUAACUUCUUUGACAUCAUUAAUAACAAUUAAAAGUACUGAAUUCGCCUGGGUCUUGCUGGGGAGUAUGCUUCCUGGUCGGACCCAAUAAAAUCGAUAAUAGCAAUCAAACUAUUGAGGUACAUUUUAUUUUUAACUUUACUACAAUAGGGAUGAUGACUAUUUUUUUUCUUCGUUUAUCAGGUAGAUUAUCAAAAAGUAUUGGACACGUAUUUUUUCUUUUUUCACAUAAUAUAAACAUUGCCGAGAUAUAUUGAUUUGAAAAGUCGCAUGACGUCACGUUUUGGUCACAUUUUCACUUAAAAGUGACGGACGUCACGAGCCCCAAGUCCCAAACUUUGACGCGCUAUAACUUUGUCAUUUUGUGGUUGAUUGUCCAAAGAAAAAAUACGUGUCCAUUAUUUUUUGAUCAUCUAACUGACGGACUUAAUAGAUUUUUUUACUGUACCCCGUCAUCACCCCUAUUUUAUACCUAUUUUUUUAUAUAAGUCAUAUUCUUUGUAUAUGAAUGGGUCUUGCCAGGGAUUAUCACACUUUAUUUCGUUGUUGUGUAGUUAGUUCUUAAUGAAUGUUUAAUUGAAAUGCAUUUAAGCAUGUUUUUAUACUAAAUUAGGUUUCAUUUUGUUUAUCUUUGCAAGGCGAAAUAAAUUAUUGCGAAUUGA